UUGAUAAUUUUAGAACUUUUUAAAAAGUUAGAGGACAAAACGAAGAAGGCAGAGUACUUUGUGGUAUGUUUAAUUAAACGCAUUUAGAUAACUAAGUACCUGUACCGAAGAAUAUAUUUUCAUCAGCCGCAGUUGUAACAUAGCAAUUGACAGAAAUUCAAGUUAAACAAUGUCUGAUUAUUUCAUCAACGAAAGCUUCUUUCUCGAGAAGAAAAGAGCUUUGGUUAAGAUCUGGCUUCGACUUGGUCUGAACAAGCAACAGAUAGAAGAGAAAUGGAACACUCGCAUCAAAAGUGAACUCGAAAACACGAUUGAGCGAUUAUUGGAGGAAGAAUUAAACAACGAAAAAGAACUUCAGCAUAACUUGGCUCGCUACACAGAAGAAGUAGAAUUGAUACAACGUCAGCUUGGAUUGAGGGAAGACGUUUUGGAAAUCCUUGCUAACGGUGGAGAUGGAACCCAGCGUGGUGGGUUGGUCGCUAAGGAAGAGAAGGCACGGAAACGAUUUCACGAGCUUAAUGAAAUAAGAGAAAAGAGAAUGAAGAUUUUCGUAGAGAUACAAAAAGAAGAAGGCAAUCUAUGCGUGAUGCUUGGCGAAGAUUGUGUUUUCGCCAACGAUCCGAAUCCUGAUCUGUCGCAAAACAACAUCGAUGCCGCUUUAAAACGAAACGUGGAGCUCACAGACGAAUAUGAUAGAAGAUUUGCGGUGUAUACGAAAAUACGAUCGUCGUUGACCGCCCUGCUUGGAAAAUGUCAGCAAAGUGCAAUUAAGCCAAUAUUUCGAGAAAUUUCGCAAAGUAGCGGUGAUGAUGGACCGCCACAAGCAAUGAGUGAGAAUUACCUGGAACAAUUGUAUAUUCUUGAAAAAGAUUUGAAACAAGUUUGCUUGAAAGAGCAAGCCGAAGAAUAUAAGAAAGAGAUUGAACGCUUAUGGGAGGAAACAUCGGUGUCUCAAAAUGAAAUCGACGAAUUUAGAAAAAAAUAUUUUUCUUUUUCCAGCAAGAUCAACACGACGCUGAUGGCAAAUCUAGAAGAAUAUUGCGAGACUUUGAAAUGCAGAAAAAGGAAGCAACUUUUUGUCGAGUUAAAAACGGCUAAACAGAUUUUACAUCGAUUGCAAAUUGAAACUUAUAUGCUGGAUGCAAACGAGAAGUGGAAUUAUACACCCAACGACGAUUCAACGAAUGCAGAGAUAUCGGCUUACAUAAGCCAAAUAAACGAUGAAACACAAAAGUUAAACGACUUGAUGAACGAAGAGAGAAUGAAAGUGAUUAAACCGUUAAAAGAGUGGGAUCUUGGCUUCGAUAAAUUAAUAGCGUUGGCAGCAAAAAACCUGGACCCUGACCGACUCAAAAACAGAGGUGGCGCUCUUCUUCGAGAUGAACGAGAACGAAAAUCUCUUAAAAGUCAACUAGGAAAGAAAGAGCAUCAGUUAAUGGAAGUGAUUGAAAAAUAUAGAGGUGAAAAUCGUUUCAUGGUCAAUGGUGUGGAGUUGGCCGCUUACUUUGAAAUGAAAUGGCAGCAGCUUGACGACGUGCAUGGGAGCUUCACUAAACAAAGCAAAUUAAAGCGGAAGAAACAAACAGAAGAAGAAGCGAGGUAUGGAAGCUGCAAUCCUCGAAAAGCUGACCCCAAGAAAGCGUUUGGUGCCCCGUUGUCUAAAAAGAAAAGACAAGACGACAUCAGUUCAGAUGAUACGGCAACCUCGUCUGGUUAUAUAACAACCUGGGGCGAUAUACGGAAGUCCCCAGUUAAGUCGGUUGUCGCUAAGCUUACUCGGAUCCCCGAGAUGAACGUAUCAGGCAGCAACAAAGCCACAGAUGACGCAAUAAUUUCAGCAAGAACAUCUCGGCUCAAGAAAGCAAGACAUGCGAAGGGACAAAGACGACGAAGCAAGUCUGUUGGCAACAUGUUUAGCUUGAACGAAGACGAAAGCAAAAGUUGCACAAACGUCUCGUCGAUGCUUCGAUUGAAUGUCCCAAGCACAUCUGCUGGUGUUGGACAAAGUUUUCAACAAAAGGAUAAAUUCUCAACUACCAGCUUUGGACAAAGUAUGUUCAGCGAAACCAUAGAGAUAGAACAGCCGCUCAGUGAAACGAUUGGCCCUGCGAUUAACAAUCACCUGAUGUUCGAAGCUGGAUUUGAUGGCGUGCUUGAGCGACAACCGAAAUCCCGUAGCAGUGCGAUUGGCGUGUAUAACAACUUCCGAUAAGCUUUGAUUGGGGGCAAGGAAUGUAAUAAGCUAUAAUAGGGUGGGUAAAGAUGGGACACAUUUCCAUUCUGUGUUUCCUUCCUAUUUAGUAGUACAUAAAGAACAUUCAAAGAAUCAUAAAAAUCGCUUCCUCACGACUCCCAUAGACCACUACUCCCAGCAUAGACCGUUGUUGAUAGUCUAAAACACGAUUAGAAUUUUUAAAUAUUAUGUGGUAAAGGUAUUCCUUCUUCCUACCCCCACUCUACUGUAUUUGACGUUCCAUUAUUUAUUGUAUAUAUUUAUGUUAUCGUAUAUAAGUUGCAAAUUUAUUCCUAUUAAAAGUAUUUACAAAUUCUA